UCUUUUCCACUGGCGCUGUUUGUACAAAGGCUGUGGCUGUUCUGUUGCUGGCUCUUUGCCAGGUCAUGCGGUUUUCCAAGUCACUGUUGGGAAUUUUUCUGUGGUUCAUUAUGGCCCAGCCAAGAAGCCACUCACCCACCCACACUGUUGGGCUUGGGCUCAGCCACCGUGAGCAAUCCCAACACCAAACCCACACAAUUUGCACUUAAACUUUUUGCUGCUUCUUUCUUUGCACUUCAGGUCUCUGCUCUGUCAGACCAAGACCCAAGCUGGUGGCCAGCUGGGUGCUGGCUCUCCUUGGGCUGGUUGAACUUACUCUCACCAUUUUCUCUUGCUGAAGACACAAAGGAUAGCCCAGCUUUUCAGAAAGAGGUGACCRACACUACAUCUGAUUGGGGGACUGAAGGUCAGUGCUACAGAUCUYAGUUCAGAGAAGCUGGCAUCCCACAGUCUAUUGCCUCCUUGAAAUCAGGCCCUUCCUUUCAGCAGCUGUGGGCAUUUCUUCUUGCAGAUGAAUUCUGAGAGCUGAUUCUUGGCAAAGCAAUGCAAUAAAACCCUUCUGCCAGCUGAUUGCCCUGUGUCCAGCUGCAUCCAACACCAGGGCAGGAUAAUGCUGAUGAAUCUUCACAAAUGGGAGAAAACAAGAAGUCACCCAAUAAUUUUUCUAUUUCUGUGUUAUCACUGCAACAUUUUUGGCUGUUCUCUGCAAGCACAAAACCCAGGAAAUGCUCUUGGAGGAGCUAAAUGCAAUUCUGGAUUUAGUCAUACAGGAAUUAGUCUACCACAACAGACAUUACAUCCUUUUGAUCCCAUUUUCUCUCUAGAAAUAAGCACAUUUGCUGAUCCACAAAAAAGAAAAAAAAAAGCACAAAACGCCUGUUCACAGUCCUACAUUUCAGCCACAUUUUAAUUUUUCCAUUUUGGAUACCACUGAUCACCAGGCUGUGAAACACUGUAACAGAGCCAGGCUUUUUUUACCCCAAAUUGAUUUUGAUUUUUAUGCAUUCUGACAUUGCUGUACAUAAGUCUUACGUUUUAUCUGUGGUCAGGUCCUGAAAGCCCUUAUUAAACUYUGACUCCAGGAUGAAUUCUGCUGGAGCAGGCAGAGGUCUUCAGAACACUAUGUUUUCUAAGUAGAUACUUGCMAAGGGUAAGAUCCUCCUCUAACCACCCUCAGCGGAUCAGAUCCCUAAGAAUAAAUAUGCAUGCAGAAAAUGAAAGGAAAAACAUAAUAAGCAAGAUCAUCAGAAAGGAUGGGAAGCUGUAAAGCAGAGCUCGAGGAAUGUGGCCUGUUAGAUCUGUCAGAUUGCACCUUGGGGGCAUCCAUCCGGCCCUGCAGGGGGAGAGGACUGACCACAACCGUGUUUGCUUUCUGCCAUCACACAUCCCUUAYUUCUGUGUUUUGUUGGCUGGAGAGAGAGGGGAGCCAGGGAUUCAUCUCGGCUUUUUGCAAGUAUGGAAUGCAGUCAGAUUAAUGGCAGUGAUGAAUUUGGAGUGAAAUCCUUCCUUGUGCAGCAGCCCAGCUGUGGAACUCUGGUUGGUGUUGAUUUUCCUGGAGGGUAAAUCUGGGGCUGUCAGUGCCACCUCCCCAUCCACCCCACUUGUGCACAGCUGGAAUUCAUGAAGCAAUGUACUGUGGCAUUAUUUUUAUAUGAAACAUUAGAAGUGUUAUUUUUGUAAAAAGGUUUUUUAGCUUUUUGAAUGUAUGUAAUGUCCUGUCUGAGCUGCUUGGAGUCRAUACCUUUUGGGCAACACUGGAAAACACUGUGCCUUGUUUGUUUUGUUGCUGGUCUUAGAUGGCUUGUGCAUGUUCAUGAGAGCUGGAUCACUCUCCAGGCCCUUCAGCAAAUGGAGUGGACACUUGUGUGGCUGCAGUUGAAGUGCUUGUCUSGGAGCAGUGCUGGGGAGAUGGAUGUGCACCAGUCAGAUCACUUGGAGUCUUUGAAAGGUUCCAGCUCCAUCGCCAGCUCUCACCGUCUUCCAGCUGCUGUGAUCCCACUGGGACUCAUCGGGAGGAGCUGCUUCUCCAGGCUGGCCCUGUCCUUGUGCUCUCCCUGCUCCCCUCUCCUGUCCCUCAGCUGUUUGCAGGCAGGGUGCUGGCACCCUCACAGGGGACAGGUAAACCCAGGACAAGGGGGCACUGCUGUUCCUCUUGCUGCAAUGGGCAAUCUGGGAGGGAGGAUGGAGCCUGUGGGUGAYUGGGAAAUUCUCACCCAUUUCUGAGGGUUACGAUAUCACUUGCUGUAGAGCACAGUGACUGUUACAAGCUCUGGUUCAUUUGUAUAUUGAGUGUGUGCAUGAGAUAUAAGCUGUACAUUUUUAUAGAAGAAAUAAAGUCACUAUGUUAUAAACGUUCAUCCUCAGGGGACUGAGCCCUGAGCUGGGUUACCAAGCCUGGUCCCUGCAGAGAUGAACACCUGUGCUGAGCACUGUGGAGAGCAUCUCAGCAGCACCAAGGGAUGGCAAAACCAGCACAGCUGGAUGUGGCCAGGCUAUUGCUCCAACUCCUUUAAGGGUUUUGGUUUUGCAAAUGUUUGCAGGAAAUGCCUUUCCUCACAAGGGUUUGUAGUUCCAAACUUACUAAGGCAAUAGAAAAAAAACAAACAGCAGGAGUUACAGUUUGUUUAAACAAAGCUGUGGCCAAACAGCAGCCCAGAGACAGCAAAUGUUACGCUUCAAGGAGGCAGAGGCCAAGGGCUGGAUAGAGCCUCUUCCACCCCAGCCAGGGCUUGGGCUGCCCUUGUGUGCUCCUCUCUGGCGCUGGAGAGGAGAGGUGGGAAAGGCAGUUCAAUGAAAGUCAGUUCCCAGGAGUUUGCCUGGAGGGGAGAUGGAAAGAGCAAGAGGGUCAGGGAUGAGCAUCUUCCCUACAUUUCAGGAGCUCUCAUCCYCACCAUCUCUGAGGUCCAUCUAGGAAGAUGCAGAAGUCAAUGAAAGUUUCCUGCAGAUGAGUCACCAGGCCAGAAAGGUCAUUUGGGGGAUAAAAAAAAACUCUAAGGAAACGAAAGCACUUUUUUUUUAAACUUCAUUUCUCCUCUCUGUUGUGGAGRGCCAGCGAGGACGAAGCCCGUGCAAACAAGCCAGGCCUUACAGGAUGAAUCAUUUCCGAUCAUUUCCAACAGGCAGAGCUGGCGCCGGCGGGGCUGUUCAGGGGCUGCUGCUCUGGARUUUUUGGGUGCCCAGUCCCUGUGCUGUGGGUGGCAGCUGUGGGGAAGCAUUCCUGGACACAGCUUUCCUGCAGCCUCCGUGUCUCGUGACUCCGGGCAGAGCUUCCCGCUCAGGAUGCAUCUCAGAUCACUGGUUACAAUACUUGAUGGUCCCCAGUGUCCCUCUGUAGGAAGCAGAAUUUGGAAGAGAUUCUAAUUUUUUCUAAUUUUAGAGUGUCUUUCCAGGCUGCAGGRCCUGGCACAGUUGUACCUGGAAUAACAGGGACUCCGGGAAGGAAGAAGAGAAUUGCCUUUGGUUUGUGAUUGUGUCCUGAGUCAAUCAGGGCUCUGAGACGGAGCUGUGGAGACCAUGGAGURAGCACCCUAAAGAAAUGUGGAGGGGCUUUACACUCACACAGCUGAGGGUUUAAUAAAAGUAAAACAAGAACAUCUCGUAUUUUAAAUGGAGAAAACUCAAAGUGACUGAGUAGCACAGAAGAAAACAGGGAAAACUUACUCCAAGCCCUCUCACCUUCUCCUUGGKGACAGGUUCUAGCCACUGGGUGAUGGCCAGGUGAUGCUCAGCCCCUUUUCUCCUCCUUGGCAGCCCAGCUGCUCUUGCAGUGCCUUCCCAAGUGCAGGAUGUCCGUGGCUGUGUUUUCCAGCACAGCUGGGAGUGCUCAGCCAUCACCCACUGAGACCCCAAACCCAGCAUGAGGCUGUUCUGCCCAGCUCCUUUGUCCCCUCACUGACACCUCUGCUGGCAAAGGCUGCACCUGACGUGUCCCCUCAGCUUCCCUCCUCCUCUUCUUGCAGAAUAACAAGGAUGCUCUUUAUUUUUUUGUGUGAACAAGCAAAUUCUUCAGAGUCCAUUGAAAUUAGAGGGAAACUCGCACCAGCAGUGGGGCUUUCCCGUGCUAUCAGUGAAUGGCUGCUCAUCACCCUUUCCCUUUCCAAAGUGUGACAGAAGAAUCGAAAGAUCUCCAGGGAGCGGUGAGUCAUUCUCAAAUCCUGAGAAAGGGGAAGCUGAGCAUCCUAGGCCAGACCUUCUGCCAGAAAAGGAAGCAAAGCUCUGCAGAAGCAUCUUGAGGUCCUCUCCUUCCACAGCAAAGGAUCUUGAGCCUCUGUCAGCAGGAGAUGUGUCUGACUGAAGCCGGGCUUGGGGAGAGCUGGGAAUUACCAGAGCAAUUCUCAGCAUUGGGUGGUUUUUCUCCCAAGUUGUUUUAAAAGACACCCAGAGAUGACAGUCCCAGGCACACUGUCCUGCACCAGAGAGUGGCUGAGGGGUGAAGAARGGCUUGAGGUGGUCCCUGGGGUAGUUCACAGCGGGCAAGGGGGGACCAAGAAUCUGCAUGGAACCCCAUUGCUCCAUGCAUCCACUUAGAGCCUGGUUAAAAACAGGGAAAGAUGAAAAAGGGUCAGAGCAGGGACUGAGCAUGACUGACCAGGACAUGCAGAGGGGCUCCUUAGACCUUCAGAAGGUCUGAGGAAGGAGGAGAACUGUCCCCCAGGUUAACACAGAGAGGCUGMCCCUGUUUCAGCAGUCCCUGCAGGACCUGGGGUGCUUCAAGGCUGUGGAGGGAAGAAGAUGAAGGAAAGACACCCAAAAACUUUGAUCAGCAAAGUUUUCCCGCAAUUCCCUUCAGCCUGGUGCAGACUCCUGCUCUGCCCUGUCUGCAAGGAAGGACUCAACUACACCCCCUUCUCUUUUCAUCCCACACUGCCCAGCGAUAAACAGAUUUUUGGUUGAAAACUUGUGUUCCACUCCAUAAUACCAGCACAGAAUGUGAUACAUCUCAUGUGAUACAAUUCCUACCAGUAUUUGCCCAUUUGUCMCUUUCCAGCCACAGAGGGCUGGUGGCAGCAGCAGUCACCAUGUUUUGGUUAAUGCUUUCCAGGAAUUCACAAGCCAUCCAGCCAUCCCCACCACAUUUUURUUGGCUCUGGGGCUGAAAAGUGACCUUGCAUGGAACACUGAGUUUGCCUUUCCUAUGGUGAAUCCCCUCUCUGAAGGCUUGGGAGCUCUUGGGUUUACAUCUGUGUGGAGGCGAAUUUUACUUCCCUCAUGGCUUUUCCUGUSUGGGUGAACACAGAAGCUGAUGUAAUUUAUUUAGGCUUUCCAGGUAUUGUCUGUGUGUAACCCCAAUGAUCCCAUGUGAUAUGGAAAUCCCCUUGGGCAAAGAAAUGGUCACUUUUCUUUUAAUUUCAAAYGCCUUGAAAAAGGGAAAACUGGGGAGGGGUAGAGAGGAUAAAUUGCAGCACCUCSGUGUCUGAGCACAGAGUUGAGCUCCUCCAAAGAGACAGAGCAGCAUCCCGUGAGGAAGAGCCYUCCCAGAGCCACCAUGAUCAAGGCAAGGACAGUCCUGCUGCUCGUGGUGCUCCUCACUCUCUCCCCACGCUCUGAUGCAGCCCCUUACGCUCCGUCCGAGUGCUGCUUCCGCUACGUGAAGGGUGUUCUCCGGCUGGCCAACCUCCGGGGUUUCUACMCAACUUCCAGGGAAUGUUAUCUCCCAGCAAUUGUGUUUGACACCAAGAAUGGAGACAAAGUCUGUGCAAACCCAGAGGAGAAGUGGGUGAAGAGAGCAGUUGGGAAGCUUCAAAGGAAAAGACUUCAUGUCCCAUGAUGUAGAGUGGGUGCCCUGGUUCAGGCCCCCCGAUAUCCUGGUGGAAGGAAGGUUACAGCCACCCACAGAAGGGAUUAYGGCUGUUCCAGCUUCUGGGAGAGGGCACUGACUCCCCAGAGCCCUGUGCCACCUUCACAGCUGGGCACCAGCUCCUGGAACGCUGCUGGCCCUGCCAGCACCCACCUGCUGAUCACAGCACAAAAUA